GGGCGGGCGUGGGGUGCUGGUGCCCGGCCGGGCCACGCUGCGGGAGCCACCGCCGCCUUGCAUCAUUGCACCAUGUCCGGGCAGCUGGAGCGGUGUGAGCGUGAGUGGCUUGAGCUGGAAGGAGAAUUUCAGGAGCUGCAGAACCCACUUCUGUCUUAUAACCUCCAGAGAAUUAGAUGGCAGGGUUGCCUGGUACUCACUGAUCCUGAUAGAGAAGGAGGCGUGCAUACACAGCAGACGCACAUCCCGAGGGUCCCUGUGACUGGGGAGAGGCUAGAGAGGGACGUUCUUCAUCUGGCUCUUGGAAGUCUGCAAGCUUGAAAUCAUCUUAGGAUAAGAGACGCACAGGAUCUACAGGCAGAAGCUGGAGGAGCUGACAGCGCUACAGACUCUGUGCAGCACUUCCAUCAACAAGCAGAAGCGGCACAUCAGGGACCUGAAGCUCGCUCUCCAGAGAUUGGCUUUGCUGUCAUGGUCACUGAGGUGGCCACCUGCAUGCUGAGCUUAGAUCUGGCCCUUCCUGACUGAGGAAGCCUGGGCCUUGCAGCCUCUGUCCUGUUAAUAAACUACUGCUCAGACUGUUCAGAUACUGUGGCUGCUCAUCAGAACCCUGGGAAUACAGCUGGGCCGCCCAGCCCGGCUGUGACAGACACUGCUCAGACUGUUCAGACACUGUGGCUGCUCAUCAGGACCCCGGGAAAUACAGCUGGGCCACCCACCCCGGCUGUGACAGACGCUGCUCAGCGGCACCACAAGAUAAGCACCAUCUGAGGAAGGUUGACCCGUCAGUUAGGGUCCUAGACUGAGGAAUCCUUCCGUUCCAGGAUGUGGCGUCAAUAUGGUUCUAUUUUUCUUCAUUUAAAGACAGGGUCACUUGUAGCCCAAGCUGACCUCAAACUGGCUAUAUCCAAGGAUGACCUGAAAUCUCAAUCCUUCUGCUUCUCUCUCCCAAGUGCCUCUGCUCCUUCCCUUUUAUGGGUUUUGGGAUUGGAGGUUUGGUUUUUCAAAACAGGAUCGCUUUGUGUACUCCUGACUAUCCUGGGACUUGCUUUGUAGACCAGACUGGACCUGAAUUCCGAGAUCCACCUCCCAAGUGCUGGGAUUAAAGGUGCAAGCGCCAUUCCAGUCAAGAGGAGGCAGAGCUCAUUCAGCAGAUAGGCGCCAACAUUAAGGAGCGACAGAAUGUCUUCUUCGACAUGGAGGCCUACCUACCGAAGAAGAAUGGGCUCUACCUGAAUCUGGUCCUUGGCAACGUCAACGUGACUCUCCUCAGCAACCAGGCCAAGUUUGCAUACAAGGACGAGUAUGAGAAGUUCAAGCUCUACCUGACCAUAAUCCUGCUUCUGGGUGCUGUGGCCUGCCGCUUUGUCCUUCACUACAGGGUGACGGAUGAAAUCUUCAACUUCCUGCUCGUGUGGUAUUACUGCACUUUGACCAUUCGGGAGAGCGUUCUCAUCAGCAACGGCUCCAGAAUCAAAGGCUGGUGGGUGUCUCACCAUUAUGUCUCCACGUUCCUGUCUGGAGUGAUGCUGACUUGGCUGUGUUCAGUUCCUGCAGUACUAUUACCAGAGAGGCUGUCUCUACAGACUGCGAGCCCUGGGGGAGAGGAACCACCUGGACCUCACGGUGGAAGGGUUCCAGUCUUGGAUGUGGCGGGGCCUCACCUUCCUCCUGCCUUUCCUUUUCUGUGGCCAUGUGAGUCCCUCUAUAUGUGGGUACCCCUGUCAGGGAUGACCCCUGGGAACAGAAGAUCCUUGGGGCGCCCCUCCCUCACAAGGUAUCUGUCCCCGGGUAUCUGGGAGGAGAUAACCCCCCAUACAAAUGUCACCCCCACCUGGCUCCCUGUUGUGAUAGUUUUAAUGCUGAGCCUCAAAGCCUCCCGGGGCCAUAGUGCAAGACAGGGCCAGUCUCUCUGGAGAAGUGGAAAAUCUCAGGUAGUCCCCACCCCCGCCCCCAUUUCCGCAGAAUCUAGGGACACUAAAGAUAGGAAGAGCUGGCCCUUCAGACUUGCUGUCUCUGAGACAUCUGUGGUUGGGGUGCCGAUGUUUUGGGUAGUUGGUCUCGGGUGCUGGGGGGCCUGGUCCAUCUCCCUGGCUUUCCACAUGGGUCUGCAGGGAAGCUGACAGGUGAGUGCUGCCUGUCUUCCCGCUCCAGUUCUGGCAGCUCUACAAUGCCGUCACGCUGUUUGAACUCUCCAGCCACGAGGAAUGCAAAGAAUGGCA